AAACAAAUGAAGAGAGAUGGCUCACAGAACAACCAAUUGGGGAAAACUCUUCAUGUCUGUGCUGUGUAUGGCUGCAGUGUGCAGUGCUGUUCCGGUUAGUGACCUGUUGGACCGAGCCUCUCAGCGCUCUGACAUGCUGCACGCCCUCAGCACCAUACUCACACACGAACUGGACUCUCAUUUUCCACCUAUAGGCCGGAUGAUCAUGCCCCGCCCCUCCAUGUGCCACACCUCCUCCUUGCAGACGCCUACUGAUAAAGAGCAAGCCCUUCAAGUAUCAGAGUCAGACCUGCUCUCAUUGGCUCGUUCCCUGCUCAAAGCCUGGAUCGACCCACUGGUGGUCCUGUCCAACUCUGCCCAAAACCUGCCCCACCCAUCCCACAACAGUAUAUCCAACAAGAUCCAGCAGCUGCAGGAGCAUUCCAAAAGCCUGGGAGACGGCCUGGAUAUUCUUUCUGGCAAGAUGGGUCCUGGGGCUCAGAGCAUCUCCUCUCUGCCCUACAACGGAGGGAAUGACAUAGGCCAAGACAAGAUAACCAGACUGACCAACUUUCAUUUCCUUUUGUCCUGCUUCCGGCGGGACUCCCACAAGAUCGACAGCUUCCUAAAAGUCCUGCGCUGCCGGGCUGCUAAAAUGUGCUGAAGUUUGAGGCAGCCUGCUUGACUCUGAGGGGAUUUUUUUUUUCCUCAAAGCUUCUAUUGCCUACUAACUACAGAUAAGUGUGUGUUAUAAAUCUGCUUUCUGAGCUUAUAUUAUAAUGGCAACAUAUUUGGCAUCAUGAACUAGCAGUAAAUAUUAGGAGCAGUUGUGCAGGAACCAUGUUUCCUUUGAUGUGGCAUUUAUCAGAUGCAUGAAACUUUGACCUCAAAGAUCGAUUUGUGAAAAAAAUGUUGAAAAUACACAUCCCUGUUACACUUGCAAAAGAUGCAUGGUGUUUCCUUUCAAAUAGCUCCCUUGUUAACUGAAAGGAUAAAGAGUAAAACUAAUGUUUCUAAAAAAAAAACUAAAAUUUCAUUGGAGCAGCCCUUUAGGUCAGCUUAAAAUAGGUUUAUAACAUCUUUGUAACAAUCAUACACUCCCCCAGAUGUUUCCAGCUGGUCUGGUGAAUGUAUCCCCCACCUCUGUUCCUUUGUACCCCUAAAGCCAAGCUGCCAAAGAAAAUUAAGUGGGAAAUGAAAUCCUCCUCCGCAGUGGAAUGAAGGGAACAACUUCCGCUUCCAAACUAAUGUUUGUCUGAUGACAUACUGCAGCAUUUGCACUUUAGAUUUUAUUAUGUCUUAUCCAAAGUAUGUUGUGUGUGAUGGCUUUAUAUUGCAAUAUUUCUUUAAAACGCUGUAUGACAA